AUGUCUACAAACAGUUUGAUGGGACACGAGCAGGGUCAACUUCCCCUGUGUCCAGAGAGAGCACUGGGGAAAGUGGAUCCAGACUGUCAGCUGCAGGCAAGGUAUGGAGGAGAGCCAGCAGUGGAACGGAGAGGUGCUGACUCGGAGCUCACCCAACAGGACCCGCUUCUGGGAGGUCCCCAGGGGAGGCAGCUGGAGGGAGGGGCUGACAGAGGGGGCGGGGUUAUGAUUGUCGACAAGCUGGACAAGGUCCAGUUUGGACAAGACCUGUACUUCUUCUACCUGAUUGAAUGCUACCUCAUGAAUCUAAUUAGCUAAGGAGGACAGUUUGCCAUCGUUUUAGUCAAGGAUGCUGAGCAUGCAUAUUUCAACUUCCAGGAACUUCGUGCUCUGAGAAUGGCAUUAAUCCUCCAUCUUCAGGAUAAUACCAACAUUGAUGUUCAAACAACCUUUUCUGGGUGCUUGUCACAAGAGUGGAUCACUUUCCUGGAAGGCAGUUGUCCGUAUUUUCUGAGUUGGUCAAUGAAGGUCAGUGCUGUACUCUUCUCUGGCCAGUCAUCUGAUAUCCUUCUACUUUAUGUGUACUUUAUGCAGAGCAAGUACCCAAACCAGAUGUUUUUCCAUAAGAAUGAAAAGAACAUUGAGAAUGCUUAUAAGGCGCUGAUGGAGGAACUGGAGGAAUGCUGAGCUUUAGCGUUAGGACGUCUUUUUGGAAAUUUAAAAUGGGAAAUUAUGAUGGAAGAACACUUACAUGGCUACCUCUCAAUUGUCUAUGGAGGUGAAACCACGGAAGACUUAAGUAUAGCUGUGCAGAUGGUGAAAAGGAUCUGCUUUGUGAUGGGAAAAUACCCAGAGCGUCUGCAGGAGGCAGACCAGCAACUCCUGGCCAGGUGCCUGCGGUGUUUAGGGUUCAAGGAGCUGGCGAGUUCUUUGCAUCCAGUGCAGGUCACAGGAAAGGGCAUAAAGGAGAAGAAAAAGGACAAAUACUCAGUGGGCCUUGGGCCAGCCCGGUUUCAGCUGCAGUACAUGGGCCACUAUCUGGUGCAUGAUGAGAGGAAAGAUCCAGACCCCAGAGUUCAGGACUUUAUUCCUGACAACUGGCAGCGAGAGCUCCUGGACAUCGUGGACAAGAACAAGUCUGCAGUCAUCGUGGCCCCCAAGUCCUCAGGGAAGACCUACGCCUGCUACUGCUGCAUGGAGAGGGUGCUGCAUGAGGGCAAUGAGCGCGUGGUCGUGUAUGUGGCCCCCACCAAGGCCCUUCUCAAUUAAGUGGCAGCAACCAUUGAGAAUCGUUUUAACAAAAAUCUGCCAAAUGGGGAAAGUCUGCGUGGUGUUUUCACCUGGGACUAUUGUCAUGAUGCCCUGAACUCUCAGUGUUCUUGUUCGUGGGUGCUCAUCACAGUGCCUGCCUGCUUUGAAAUUCUGCUGCUGGCUCCGUACCACCAGGUGUGGGUGACAAGGAUCAGACACGUCAUAUUUGAUGAGGUCCACUGUUUUGGUGAGGAAAUUGGAGCAGAAAUCUAGGAGCAUCUCCUCAUCAUUAUCCACUGCCCCUUCCUGGCCCUUUCCACCACCAUCAGCAACCCAGAGCAUCUGAGUUGUGUCCAGAGGAAUAAAAUAAAUUCAUUUUAUUUUGAGAAUAAAGUAGUCAUUAGGAAGAUGGAUGCUAGAAAGUGUGAAGAGAGCUUAAAGGCAGAACUGACGAGCUGGGUGAAGAAUGGCCACACCAACAAGUUUGAUUUAGGGGCUGUGGAGAGAAGGGCUGAAAGUGUGGAAAAGUUUCUACAGCGAAAGCAGGAGCACAGAAGGCCCCCCAGGGCAGAUAGAGAGACCCGCGACGUGGCAAACGAACUGCACAAAGUGGCAAAAAUCCAUGGAGAAAUACAAGGCAGUGUGAGUGUGCAGCUCAGUACAUUGUGCUGGGAAGGCCGGGAUAGUCGCACGUCCCAGCAGGGAGGCCGCUGGCUGCACGGACCAGUUAGUUGUCACUGGGACUUGUUUGCUGGCCAGUUCUGUGCUUGGAGAACUGUGUGUGCGGUGGGCCCCUCUGCCUCGGGGCCCUCAUUCUGGGGCCCUAGUUCUUGGGGUCUAAUUCUGACUCCUCUGGGUCUGAAAUGCAUCCCCCCCCCCGCCCCCAUCCUCACGUCCUCAGUGACGUCCUGGUCUCGAAGUGUCCGCAUCUUCCUUGGAUGGUCACAAAGUUCUUCUUGGAACCUGACCUUGGGGCUCCCUCGUAUGCUGCAGCUGACAUUCAGGCUGAUAACCUCACCCUCACUCGCUCUCCCUUCUGGGCUGUUGCGCACGGACCAGCGUGUGUGGGCUUUGCCCUCGCCUCUUCAGGUGCGCUUCCUGCUACUCUCACCCGACAGUACCCCUCACGCGCCUCUCCCUAGGGCUGUGUCCCCCUGUACUGUCCCGUACCAUCACAGGUUGAUGGAGAUUAGGCAGGGACAAAUGGUGGAGACACUCUUCAGGCUGAAGCACAUCAAGAUGGUAACAGCUACGUCAACUCUUGCUUUGGGAGUUAAUAUGAUGCCAUGUAAAUCUGUUGUUUUUACGGAAGAUUCUUUUUUUUUUUUUCGUGCCUUAAACUUCCGACAGACGUCCGGCCCCGCAGCCAGACAUGGGGAGGACCUCACAGGAAGCGUGUUCUUCGGCAACAUCCCAUUACCCAAGACAGAACGGCCUCUGAGAUCAAAUGUGCCUGAACUGAAUGACCAGUUUCCUCUAAGCCUUUCCGUGGUCCUCAGACGCAUGCCGUUAGGUGCCAAGGCAGAUGACAAGGAAGAUGCCAGUGCCAAGGCACUGUCAGUUCUCCAGCGUUCGCUGAUGUCCUUCAAGCAACCAAAUAUCAAGUGCAUGUUGAAAUUUUAUUUUAUAUAUUCUUUACAAUUCUUGGUCACAGAGGGAUUCCUGGAUCAAGAGUGUGUUCCCAUUGGAUAUUCUGGGCUUGUCUCCCAUUUACACUACCACGAACCCUCCAAGUUUGUUUUAGUGAGCUUGCUGGUGAAAGGUUUAUUUUACAAGCUGUGUGUUCCAACCGACAUCAAAGGCCCAAAGACAUUUUCUGAAGACAUAGUGGAGACUCUGGUGGUGGUGUUAGCAAAUCUUUUUGGGCAACGAUAUUUUCUUCAGUGUGUGAAAAACUUUGAAAAGAGAUUUUUUUCAUUCAGUGUGACUGCCAAAUGGCACGAAAUAAAACUAGGGUGGAUGCCUUGGGUAGGUGAGCAGAGCGAGCAGGGAGCAGGGGCCAACCGAUAUGAAACCGGACCCCGUGCUGCCGAGCCUGAGCACGCGGGUGGCGUAAGCGCUUUCUUCAUCCGCCAACCUUUGCUGGGAGGAUUGAAUGGAUGGAUGUGUGCAGUGGCUGAGAACAGUGCUUGGCACAUGGGAACAUUUCCGGGUGGGGACGCAGCAGCCCCGUGGGACCAGUUGAUGAGGACAGAUAACAGCGCCCAUGACACAGACCAGAGCGGCUGUGGUGCGGGAAGAAGGCCUUCCCAGUGCCGGCCCAGCAGCUGCUUCCACGUCUUGGCUGUUGUACCUAGUGCUGCGCUGACCAUUGGCCUGCAGGUUAUUACAGUAUGUGCGGUGGAGUCACCUGUGCACUUCCCUGUCAUUUUUGAUUAUCUAUUUGAUCAAGUGGGCCUGGCAGCCCUUUGGGAGUCAGAGUACCCCCAGCCACCCCAUUCCCUGCCUGAGCCCGGCCCUGGGAAGGCCCCGGGCCGGUGUAAGUCACCCCUUCAUGUAAGCAUAGGUCAGAUGGUGAAGGUCCAGGCAGCAGUGAGCCCGGCUCUGGAGACUGUGCCUGCGCCUGGCAUCGUCUCAGAGGUGUAG